AUGACGGGCCAGAGUCUGUGGGACAUGUCCCAGGCCAGCAACGUCGAGGACGGGGAGAUUCGCAUCAAUGUGGGCGGCUGCAAGAGGCGGCUGCGCUCCCACACCCUGCUGCGCUUCCCCGAGACGCGCCUGGGCCGCCUGCUGCUCUGCCACUCGCGCGAGGCCAUCCUGGAACUCUGCGACGACUACGACGACGUGCAGCGGGAGUUCUACUUCGACCGCAACCCCGAGCUCUUCCCGUACGUGUUGCAUUUCUACCACACCGGCAAGCUCCACGUCAUGGCCGAGCUGUGCGUCUUCUCCUUCAGCCAGGAGAUCGAGUACUGGGGCAUCAACGAGUUCUUCAUCGACUCCUGCUGCAGCUACAGCUAUCACGGCCGCAAAGUGGAGCCUGAGCAGGAGAAGUGGGACGAGCAGAGCGACCAGGAGAGCACCACGUCCUCCUUCGAUGAGAUCUUGGCCUUCUACAACGACGCCUCCAAAUUUGACGGGCAGCCCCUGGGCAAUUGCCGCAGGCAGCUGUGGCUGGCGCUGGACAAUCCCGGCUACUCAGUCCUGAGCAGGGUCUUCAGUGUCCUGUCCAUCUUGGUGGUGUUGGGAUCCAUCAUCACGAUGUGCCUCAAUAGCCUGCCAGAUUUCCAAAUUCCUGACAGCCAGGGCAACCCUGGUGAGGACCCCCGGUUCGAAAUCGUGGAGCACUUUGGUAUCGCCUGGUUCACCUUUGAGCUGGUGGCCAGGUUUGCUGUGGCUCCUGACUUUCUCAAAUUUUUCAAGAAUGCACUCAAUCUUAUCGACCUUAUGUCCAUCGUCCCCUUCUACAUCACUCUCGUGGUGAACCUGGUUGUGGAGAGCUCGCCGACCUUGGCCAACUUGGGCAGAGUGGCUCAGGUCCUGAGAUUGAUGCGGAUCUUCCGAAUCUUAAAGCUGGCCAGACACUCCACGGGCCUCCGCUCCUUGGGAGCUACCUUAAAAUACAGCUACAAAGAAGUAGGGCUGCUCUUGCUCUACCUCUCUGUGGGGAUUUCCAUCUUCUCUGUGGUGGCCUACACCAUUGAAAAGGAAGAAAAUGAGGGCCUGGCCACCAUCCCUGCCUGCUGGUGGUGGGCCACUGUGAGCAUGACCACCGUGGGGUAUGGGGAUGUGGUUCCAGGGACCACAGCAGGAAAGCUGACUGCCUCUGCCUGCAUCUUGGCAGGUAUCCUGGUGGUGGUACUGCCCAUCACCUUGAUCUUCAAUAAGUUCUCCCACUUCUAUCGGCGCCAAAAACAACUUGAGAGUGCCAUGCGCAGCUGCGACUUUGGAGAUGGAAUGAAGGAGGUCCCUUCAGUCAAUUUAAGGGACUACUAUGCCCAUAAAGUUAAAUCCCUCAUGGCAAGCCUAACAAACAUGAGCAGGAGCUCACCAAGUGAACUAAGUUUAAGUGACUCCCUCCAUUAG